AUGUCAACCAAAAUUCGUGUGUCAAUCAUUGGCGCAUCAGGGACUGGACGAACUACACUUUGCAACCGGUUGAAUAAUCACUCUUACGUUCGAAGUGGCGAUGGCCACGAAUUUUGUUUGAAGUCUCAGGAAAUGGACAUGGAUGCCCCAGACUUGUUGGAGAACUCGGACGUUGUUCUGAUGACUCUUAAUCUGGAUACUGAUAUCACUGAACUGACCAGUCAAUAUGGGCAAUUUGUUCGCGGCAAGUAUUGGGAAAAUCGAAAGACGUUUUGUAUUGUUGGAACAAAACAGGAUACAAUGAACCCAAAUUCAUACCCUGUUGCAUAUCCAAGAAUGGUGACAUAUUGGAUCACUCUUUUUACGUCUUUAUCCAGUUAUCUUGUUGGAAGCCAGAAUGGGAGUGGCAUCGAUGAUUUGUGUUCUUCCAUAGUGGACAAAAUUCAUCCCAUUCCAAUUUCGAUUGGACAACGGGUCCUCAAGAUACUUGCACCAAUUCGAUCAUGGGGGCUGGAUGUCGUCGCUUUGGUUUUCUCCCUUCCAGUCCCUCCAAACAUCAACAAAGAUACCCCUGACUCUAAGGAUCUUCCUGAAAUUCCAGAUGACGACGUGGCAUAUGAACUUACCAAAACACCAGAGUCAGUUGCUUUCAACAAACGUCUAGCAUCGCUUGCUGGCUUACAGAUUGGGUUGGCGCCAACGCACAAGAUUGCCCCAACUUUGAUCGCCAAACGUCUGGAUCGCUAUGAAAAAUUUAACACCAUAUUUGUUCGUGCUCACACGAACAUUCCUGUUCCGCAGCCACGCUAUCUACAUCUGGAAGUCGCGUUUAUCACCGACUUCAUCCCAGGAUCAAUGCUUCUCGAAUGUUGGGAUUCGUUCAGCAUAUUCUACCAGUUUCGCAUCGCGUGUACACUGCGCAGAUAUGUUUCACAGAUGCGACAGAUAACUAGCGACAGGCCAGGUAACAUUGAACGCGGACUGGUUAAGGGAGCACUUUUCAAUAUCUGUUUAUGGAAUGGUCCCUUUCGUGAUGUGGAAACAUUUCGGAACUGGAUAGCAAAUGUUGCUUAUGUUGGUUGCUUUGAGCAGCAUAGAUUAUUUUGCUGGCUACAUCGGGAUGACCCACCCCCGCCUACGCCGCCGCAGUUGUACCUUCCACCCGACUCUGAUUGGAAAUUAAACCUUACUCAUUGCGACCUCAGCCUCUCCAACAUCAUUCUAUCCGACGAUGGUGUAUUAUGGAUAAUUGAUUGGGCUGAUGCUGGAUUUUAUCCACCCUGGAUUGAAGCCCGAGGGAUGAAGCGGUACACACAGGCUCCCGAUUCGUGGAAACGAUGGCUCACAUUCAUUGCCGGCUCUUGUUCUGAUACUGACUUUCUUUGGAGCCACAUGGAAGAAACAUCAUCUAUAUAUGGCUCGAGCUUUCCUCGAGAGGAUUACUGGCCAACUCUUGCUCAUAUGAAGGAAACUAAGAUAUAUUAA